UGUGCUUCCGUAACCUCUUCACAGUGAAAUAUAUGAAGAAAAUGACUUCAUCUGAUGAAGGCGUCAACUUUGCCGAAUCAUGAAUGCAUAUAUGAGUAUGUGAACUUGCUAAAAAUUGAAUCAUCAAUGCCUAUGUAUGAGAGUAUGUGAACAAGUUAGGGUAUGUGUUGUAAAUAUGAGUGGAAUAGCUUGCUUGCAUUACUUCGAAUUGUUCUGUGAUAUUGUUUCUCUAUAUGCGAGAAUGUGCUCAUUUCAUGAGCUUGACUGUUCGAUUGAUAUGAGAUAAAGGAAUUAAGAUUUGGACAGGGUACUUGGGUAGGGGAUAAAUUUAUGAGAUUAUAGUGUUUGGUUUUUAUUGUGUUGAUGUUGUGUAUGCCAUGAUAGUUUGAGUUGGAGCUUUGAUUCCGGUUUAGGAGCUUUUGUAUAGUUUAAUUCGGCAGUAUUCUCUUAUAUUUUAUUGGUUUAUGCCAUUUACCUCAAGAUCAGAGAUCCAACAUGCUGCAUAUUGCCUGUACCAUCUGCCAACCCUUUAUUACCAUGUGAUGGGAAAGGGAAAUUGAAAACAAAAUGCUGCGGAUGUAAUUACACUUGGUGCAGACCAUUCUGACUUAUAAGUUUGAUCCAUCACAUCAGAGCUUAAAAAAGGGAAAGAAAAGUACUAUCAAUUGUGGCCAUGUAGGGGGUGUUUGGUAUCAGAAUGCAUUCUUUUCCAUUUCUUAAGAAGGAAGAAGCAGCCUUGAAAUGUAGAGCAAGAAAAUAAGAGAGAAGGUAGAGAUAGAAGGAGAAAGAUGUAGAAAUUGAAGAUCUUUGCCAUGGGAUGAAAAAGAGCAUAUGGCCCAUUGGCUGUUGGCGGAAUUGGGACAUACAUGGAAGCAAGGAGAGCUUCUUUACUUGAAAAUGUAGUGAGUACAUGAAAUUGCAUCUUAGUGGAAGUUAUGGAAAAAGAAGAAAAUGUCAGGUGGAACCAAUUGAAACGGGCACCUACUCAUGAUAAAUAUCCCAAAAUAUGGACAGAUAAUCAUUACUGUGUCUGUAUUCAUUGUGUUUUCAGAGUAAGGUCAAUCUGUGUUUAGCAUUUGUAAUCUGACAUUGAAUCAUAGUAAAAUAUGUACACCUUUCUGAAGGUUUAUUUCUUUUAACCUACAAAAAUGAUCUUAAUGAAGAGUUAUUGUCUUGAAAAUGAUAUAGGAAGGUGUUAUAUGGUUGGUUGAUAUGCUUCACAUUGCUUUUCAAGGUGUGAUGUGGUCGGCCACUUGAGGCACUCUUAAUUUUCAUCUGAACUGUGUUUGCUUUCUGCUUUUGGUGACAGGUUUGAGAGAAAAAGUUUGAAGUAAACGAGAAAACAAUGUCUGGUGAAGAGGGUGUUGUAGCGGAGGCACCUGCUCCAACUCCAGCUCCAGCUCUUGGAGAGCCUAUGGACACUAUGACUGCCUUGCAACUUGUGCUGAGAAAAUCACUGGCUCAUGGUGGGCUAGCUCGAGGCCUUCAUGAAGGUGCAAAGGUGAUUGAGAAGCAUGCUGCCCAGCUCUGUGUAUUGGCAGAGGACUGCAAUCAGCCAGACUAUGUUAAAUUGGUCAAAGCACUUUGUGCUGACCACAAUGUAAACUUGAUAACCGUUCCCAAUGCUAAAACUCUUGGCGAAUGGGCUGGUUUGUGCAAGAUUGAUUCAGAGGGUAAAGCAAGGAAGGUUGUGGGUUGCUCCUGUGUUGUUGUAAAGGAUUAUGGAGAAGAAACUGAAGGUCUCCACAUUGUUCAGGAGUAUGUCAAGUCUCACUAA